AUGUCCCACCGGAGACAUGCUAAGCACUCCAGCCACAAAGCAGGGACGCGCGACAAAUCCCGCAACUCGACGCACAACAGCUACAUGUCGGAGUCCCACGCCACGGAUCCGGGAAGCGCGCACUCCCACAUCCGAGUGAUUCCCGCACCGGAUCGCCGUGGAUCCGCCAUGGAGGAGAGCGUUCCUGUCAACCGUACGGCUCUUACCCAGGCUCAGACCUUGAUGAGAAGGCUGCCGACGCUGGCGGAUCCGCAGAAGGCCACCUUCGCUAGCAAGCUCAAGGGUGUGACGCAGGAUGAGAACCGCCCAAUCUCUGCGCCGAAGGCUGGGGUCCAGACGAAGACAGCGGGUCCCGCAAAAGGUGCAGGUGGCUCGGGAGCGGGUAUUAAUUCGCCUACUUCACUGGGAUAUUCUACGCAGGGUAGUGGGGUUUCGUUGCUGCCCAGUAGCGGGCGGAACUCGGAGACUGCGGCAAGACCGUCGAAGGUUGUGUUCGCACCGAGGAGCAGUAGCUCUCUACGUCAUGUCAGCGGUGAGACGGUUGACACUUCGAUGCAGUAUGGUUCGCAAGCUCAGUCCAGUGGGGACUCGCAGAGGGGUGCGGAGGAUCGCAAGGUUUCGGAUCAGCAAGGAGGGCGAGUGAGCGAUGGUGCGUGGAUGUCUACUGGCGGCCAGAAUAACGUUUCCAAACGCAGUCAGGAAGCCUUAACUAUAGCUCAAAAUCCAGAUGGAAUCACCGCUACCACAGCCUCGACCAACGGUAAUUCGGGGCAAUCGGUCGAGACACACGCACGGCUCACUCCUGUCCAGAAUCCUCGUGAGACCGAAAUGCCACCCCCCGGUAUUUUACAACCAUCUCAGGAGCGAGUGAACGAUAUCAAUGCUCUCAAUGAAGACUGCUAUGAAGACAAGUCGUAUAGAUUGCAGCUUCCACGUUCAAUAGACAUGUCGAAAUACAAGGGAAACAUCAGUCCCCUUGCUGUUCAUUGCACCCCUUCUCAAUUGGGAAGCCCGACGCUCGUCCCAAAACCCGGCCACGGCAAAGCCGUCCAAAAAGCUCCUUUCGGACACCGGUAUGCUGACAAGUUCGGACACGACCAUGAAGCGCGUAGACGCCGCUACUUCGAGAUGAUGGAAAAGCAAUUGCGAGACGAUCGAGAGCGACUGAAUAGGACCAUCCAUCGCAAGAGUCUCAUGCACCGCCUCGAGACCUUGGAGCUUUGCAACUACAACGAAACCGACUUCAGUGUCAACUUCACUAGGGACGACUACUUGCGAAAUUUCCUAUGGAAUCAGGAGAACCAAAUAAACCAUAUCGAUGGAACUGGGCCGUGGGGUUUUCACUGUCUCGGAGAUGUCCAGGACAGCAACAUCAGUCCCAAAUUCGAUCUGCUCGUCCUCGAAGAAGCGAACGACGUGAAGCCGCACAUCGAGGACAGCUACGAAGAUCCCGCUUACGCUCAGUGGGUCCAGGAUUGGUACGAUACUGGAAAAGCCAAUGUCUACAUCUUGACAGAGGAGGAGAUAGCUAAACUGCAGGAGCAAACUCGACUCUACCUUGAUGAGAAGCAGCCUUUCCCGGAGGAUGCGAUCCAGAACCCUACCCUCCUACCAUACAACGCUUAUCCAUACCGGGAGGGUCUCGAGGUCAAAAACGUCUGGAGCAAGGUCGAAGGAAUGGACCCUUACUCCCCUCCCAGCGAUCCGUCAUACUGGCAACAAGUCCCAGAAAACGACCCUGGUUUUCACGCUCUGAACGCCCAGAUGGUGUGCCGGGACAAUUCCGAUAGGCCCGAGCGCGAGGGACCCGCCAAACGUGAUUUUCAGGGCGAGAUUCUCUGGAUUGCUGAGGCCCGCAACAGAAACCAAAAAAUGUUCGCCAGGAAACGCGCCAUGAUGUCCAUCGCCGAGAGAGAGUCUGCGCCCCGUUGGCCCAACGGCGCCGUCUACCAGGAAGUUGCUCCCAAAGCCCUCCUCCUGCAGCGUCGCGCCGCCGAGGCCCAAACACCAACUCCAAUCCGCACCACGACGCAGUAUCCUCCCGGCCUUACCGUCCCAGCCUCGCUGGGACAGAACGGCAAACAUCAGCUCGCCACCUCGAGAUUGGACAGCAAUUCGUCGGAGCACAGUGGAAGUCCUGGAUUCUCGGGUGCGCCGAGGAAGCUGUUUCCAAAUGCAAAGAUUUGA